GCGUGAGAAAAGUAGAGCAUAAAAAAAUGGGAUUUGGGAAGAAGCCAAAUAUCAGGAAAGAGAGAGAGAGAGCAAAGGAAAAGGCGCACUCUUUACCGUUCAAUUCUUUCGAGCACUCGCCGGGGGUCGACACCCGUAGAAAAAUCCCCAUUUUUUUCGUUAUAAUCGAAGCCUCUACACGCUCGCAGCUAUGCUCUACGUACAUAUCGUCUGCCUAUAGCAAGCUCAGCUAUCGUCGUCUUUUGCGCGGGAUCUUUCUCUGCUCGAUGUUUCUGUGAUGGAGCUUUUCCAAUUAUACAUUUAUCAUACCUUUGUGGUUUUAGGUGACUGGAGAAACUGAGCUUGGUUGUUAUAACGUAAAUUUAAGUUGCUGAGGAUCAUAUACCAACCAAAAAUGGGAACAAAACCAGCUUUAUCUGUUCAAACACCAAGUGCUGGGCAACUGGUUAACUGUGGGGCAUCUGGAGCUUUAUCUUCUUCUUUGUCUGUGCUUUCGACUCCUCAAGAGGGAAACUACCCCAACUUUUCAGACUCCCAUCAGAGUUCCUUGGAGAGGAGGGUAUUCAUUCAGCAUCCUCCACCUGUCAUUUCACCAUUGCCUUCCAACAACGGGGUUGCUGGACAUAUGUUUUCUUCAUCUUCAGGAUUUUCUAGUAACCUUCAUUUUUCAUCUGUUCCCCAACAAGACAAACAUCCAACACAAUCCCCUUUCAUUUCUCAAUCAACAAAUAGUGGCUCUGCCAAUUUAGUGCAGCAUUCUCCUGGCUCUGGAUUUCUCCAAUCGACCGCAUCAAGCAACUCUAACAAAGAUGAUAUGAACGCUUGGAGUACAGAUGCUCUACCUGACUUUUUUGAUUUUCAGAAUAGUCAACCUGAUGAUAGUAAAAAAAUUUCUGCUGGGGUACUGUCCGAUCUUGGUAAAUCAGGUGAGUGGCAAGAUUGGGCUGAUGAUCUCAUUACUGAUAAUGAUCCUUUGACUUCUGAUUGGAAUGAGAUUCUUGCUGAUGCAAGUACUGUGGAUCCAGAGCUAAAGUUAUUGCGUCAAAUAUCAAAUCAGUCAACAUGUAUGCCAACACAACCCCAUGUAUCCCAGCAGCCUCUUGCUACACAUAUAGAAACUAGCAGCGCGGCUGGGCAUUCAUCCUCCGCAAACUCCGCUCAAGCCAAGCAGCGUAUGCGUUGGACUCCCGAACUUCAUGAGGCCUUUGUGGAGGCAGUCAACAAACUUGGUGGAAGUGAAAGGGCUACUCCCAAGGGUGUCCUGAAAAUAAUGAAAGUUGAGAGCUUGACAAUCUAUCAUGUUAAAAGCCAUCUGCAGAAGUACCGUACAGCUAGAUUUAAACCUGACAGCACAGAAGAAUCUUUGGAGAGAAAAACAACUUCAAUUGAAGAACUUUCAUCUCUUGAUUUAAAAACGGGUAUUGAGAUCACUGAAGCUCUGCGAUUACAGAUGGAAGUACAAAAGAGGCUACAUGAACAACUUGAGAUCCAAAGAAAUCUACAGCUGCGAAUUGAAGAACAAGGAAAAUACCUUCAGAUGAUGUUUGAGAAGCAGUGCAAAUCAGGGCCGGAGUGGGUCAAGGGGGCUUCAUCUGCCAGCGAGGACCCUUUCAAAGAGCUAAAGGAUGCAUAUCAAAAUUCACCUACUAAAGAUAAUUCAGGAGUUGAAGCUGAUAAAAGUAGUACGGGAGGCGACUUGGCUAAUCUUCCCUCCGGAUCAGGAGAAGAUGGUCAGGUGGUGGGAGAGAAACAAAAACUGUCUAAAACCGAAGUUCUUGAGAAUUCCAAUGCAGAACUUGAGGAGCAACCAUCAAAGCGUGCAAAAGUGCAAGAUUAGCUAGGCUCCAAAUUUCUUCUAAAUGCUAGCAAGACCAAGUUGAUAAACAGAUGACCAGUCCAUAGAGGCAAGCUCUGAAAUUCCAUCUCUGGUUUAAUGGAGCUUUGUGUGCAUUGGCCUGUCGUCUCAAAUUUUACUUCGAGGGGUAUAGCUAAAUUCUGAUUGUCGUAGAGGGUUUUUAAGUUUUUUUUACCUCAGACAAUAGCAGAUAAUGAGGAAGUUUUCUCGGGGGCCGGAGGCGUCUUGUGGCGCCCGAAACUAUGUUUCAGAGCUCUGACAUGUGUAAGCUUAUUAUGUCGUAGUGAUUUCAAGCCAUGAUUUAGUAAUAUGGUUUCUGUAAAUACGAAGUUGCUUUGGACGUUUCAACUGUCAAACAUGUUCUAUGUUAGUUGGGUUUGCUUAGAAA